AUGGUUAUAACUGUGGAGAUGAGAACAAUGUUUUUAUUUCGCCAGGCACUUCGUAUAUGUUUAGACGUUGUCAUGGUAAUGUUUGGUACACUAGUAAUAUGCGAAGCCUUAGCAGCUUGUUAUUUAGUUCAGACUAUUUAUAAUGGUGAACCAGCAGAUCUUAUAUUUGACCCAAAAAGCCCACCUGCACAUACAUCGGAAUCACGAUUGAAUAACUUCAGUACAGCAACGUCGUCUGAGAAUCGGUACAGUGAAGAUCCAUUGGCUGAUUCCAAUGAAGGUGCCCCGCCUAGAACUCUGGCCCACGUGAAUCCAGCAUUUUCGGCCACGAUCACUGCUGAAGAUAAAGCAAACAAACGCAAACCGCGCUCUUCUCAACAACCCCGUCACACAGAGCCUACAGCCAGGCCAAAUAAAAACAGAAACCAGGACAAGGUAGAAAUAGAACAGUUAGACCAUCCACCCAGGGUUAUCACGCCUACACGCAUCCGGUCAAGCAACGACCAUGAAGCAGCAGUUCAAAUGAUGGAGACACCCGUAACAUCACGGGAGAAUGUCGUGAUUCUGAAUCAGCAAUCCCCAUAUACACAGUAUGGUCAUGAAUCAGAUGAUGAUCCACGGUAUGUAACUGAGCCUUGUCGCACAGGUCUGUCCACACCCAGUUUGGCACCUGCCUCUCCCUGGGCAUCAAGCAUUCAUCUGCAAUCAGAUGAUUCUGGCGCUCCUAAGGUACACAGGUAUGAUGACGUAGCAUCAGAGCCAGAAAGUGCACACAUGUACGAGGAGGUGCCACUUCAAUUAGAGCCAAGGCAAGAUUCCUUGUUUGAUUCUGAGACCAAAAGUUAUACUAAUCCGCAUAUGGUAUUAAAUGAUGAAAUAAGUAAUCCCGACCAAAGAUAUGCAAACUCAGAUGAGAAUGACAAUCGUGCAGUCGUGCAUACACCAUGCCCCCAAUCACCAGAUUUAUACAGAGGACCAUCAGACGAACCAGUCUUCAUUGUCAAUGAUGCUGCUGACAAUUCACAUGACAAGUACAACCCGCAUGCAAGACAUCUACAGAAGGCAGCUCGCUCAAACAAGAUGAAACCAAAGCCAUACAGUGGUGAAGAUGAAAGGUUCACGGAGGGCUCAAUUAGAAAAAGUCUUGAGAAACUGUAUGGGAAGCCAGAAGAGGCACACUUAGGUGUGAUAGGCAGAGAUAAUCAACCAAUCCAGAUGGCUAAUAUGAAUGAACCACAUUCCCUUCUAGCUGAUGGCACUCAUCAUAAUGGCAGUGAAGAUGGUUUCCCUGGAACUGAUACACAGAAUGAUUGGGAAAAUCAUCUUAGACGUAACCCAUCUCCUGUCGAAUCAAUUGACACAUCAAUCAGUGAGACCUCUAGCGAUUCAACAAGUCUGUCAAAGGGGCACACUUAUCAUCCAGAACAAGAAGAUCACUCAAUUCCCACUACUCGUGGUUAUGAAACUGACCCCAAUAACUACCAACGCACACUCCCGGAUGAUGAGAUGGUAAUUCCUGAUUGGAACUUUGCAAAUGGCCAAACACGGUCAACGGAUAGAAUGGAUGAGCCUUGCUCACAUAGAGCCCAACCAUGGUCAGGAAGCAAUCAUGGUAUUUUUGGCAACCCCAAUAGCUCUUAUCGAGCUGGAGUGCCUGUCAAUGAGGCGACGAUGCAUGGGGAUAUGGCGUUGCCAGACUUUGCUACAGAAAGGCCGACACGACAAUCAAAAAGCACAUCUUCUAUAGAUUCAGAUGGUCGUUUACCAGCCACUACAAGCGGAUAUUACCACAAUAUGUAUCGAUCUUCCGAUCGAGUAUAA